AAGUCGGCCCAUCAGAAGCUCAGCAGAAUCCUGCGUUUCCUGGUUUGAGGGGCGGGUUUGUGUCUUUAGCGAGAGCCAGGUCGGCCGGGGUGGUGAGAAGCUGGAGCUGGGGGGGUAUGGACAGCCGCCUGCAGGAGAUCCGGGAGCGGCAGAAGCUACGGCGGCAGCUCCUAGCUCAGCAGUUGGGAGCUGAAAGUGCAGAUAGCAUUGGUGCUGUGUUAAACAGCAAAGAUGAGCAGAGGGAAAUUGCUGAGACGAGAGAAACUUGCAGGGCUUCCUAUGAUACCCCUGCUCCAAAUGCAAAACGGAAGUGUCUGGAUGAAGGAGAGACAGAUGAAGACAAAGUAGAAGAAUAUAAGGAUGAAUUGGAAAUGCAACAGGAAGAAGAAAAUUUGCCAUAUGAAGAAGAGAUUUACAAGGAUUCCAGUACCUUUCUUAAGGGAACACAGAGCUUAAAUCCGCAUAAUGAUUACUGCCAACAUUUUGUAGACACUGGACAUAGACCUCAGAAUUUCAUCAGGGAUGUAGGUUUAGCUGACAGAUUUGAAGAAUACCCUAAACUUAGAGAACUCAUCAGGCUAAAGGAUGAGUUAAUAGCUAAAUCAAAUACUCCUCCUAUGUACUUACAAGCAGAUAUAGAAGCCUUUGACAUCAGAGAAUUGACACCCAAAUUUGAUGUGAUUCUCCUGGAGCCUCCUUUGGAAGAGUACUAUAGAGAGACUGGCAUCACUGCGAAUGAGAAGUGCUGGACGUGGGAUGAUAUCAUGAAGCUGGACAUCGAUGAGAUCGCAGCGCCCCGCUCGUUUAUCUUCCUCUGGUGUGGCUCUGGGGAAGGGCUGGACCUCGGCAGAGUCUGUUUGCGAAAAUGGGGUUACAGAAGGUGUGAAGAUAUUUGUUGGAUUAAAACCAAUAAAAACAAUCCUGGAAAGACGAAGACUCUAGAUCCAAAGGCAGUUUUCCAGAGAACAAAGGAACAUUGCCUUAUGGGAAUCAAAGGAACUGUGAAACGAAGCACAGAUGGGGACUUCAUUCAUGCUAAUGUUGACAUUGACUUAAUUAUCACAGAAGAACCUGAAAUUGGCAAUAUAGAAAAACCUGUAGAAAUUUUUCAUAUAAUAGAGCAUUUUUGUCUUGGUAGAAGACGUCUUCAUCUGUUUGGGAGAGAUAGCAUCAGGCCAGGCUGGCUCACAGUUGGACCAACGCUUACAAAUAGUAACUACAAUGCAGAAACAUACGCAUCCUAUUUCAGUGCCCCCAAUUCGUACUUGACUGGAUGUACAGAGGAAAUUGAGAGACUCAGACCCAAGUCGCCUCCUCCCAAAUCCAAGUCUGACCGUGGUGGUGGAGCUCCCAGGGGUGGAGGGAGAGGGGGAACAUCUGCUGGCCGUGGUCGUGAAAGAAAUCGAUCCAAUUUCCGAGGGGAAAGAGGUGGCUUUAGGGGGGGUCGUGGAGGCACACACAGAGGUGGCUUUCCACCUCGGUAACUUUUAAUGACACAAAGACACAUAACAGUGUCCAUUCUGAUCUUUGUUGUGGAGACUUGCUUUAGAACUCACUCUCAGCUUGCACUUUGCUUUUGUCUCUCAUACUGCCAGAAAGAUCUUAGCCACCCCACCCC